AUGGAGAGGGGCCAACUUGACAACAUGAGGCAGUCCCUUCUUGAUGAGGGACUUAUUGGUGAAACAUUUAUUCAAUUAGAGAGAUUGCAAACUGAGGCUGACCCUAACUUCAUCGAAGAAGUUGUUUCAAUAUUCUACACCACGGAUUCAGCUAAAUGUCUUCAGAAUUUAGAGCAAGCCUUAUGCAAGAUGGCCCUCCAACAGCUCAAGGAAGAACUGGCAACUCUCAAAGGGAAGCUUGAAGCCUAUUUUCUGUUGGGAAGACAAGUUCGAGUUGCAGAGGCUGUUGAUGGCUCCGAUCAAGCUGUGGAUUACCAGAAUGGAGUAUCAUUAUGCAAGAUGGCCCUCCAACAGCUCAAGGAAGAGCUGGCAACUCUCAAAGGGAAGCUUGAAGCCUAUUUUCUGUUGGGAAGACAAGUUCGAGCUGUUGAGACUGCUGAUGGCUCCGAUCAAGCUGUAGAUCAUCAGAACGGAGUAUCAUUGUAA